AUGGGUAUUUUUUGUGAGAGUAGUGUUAGUGAAAUGACGGUGAUAAGUCCACUGGGACAGUUAGUAAGGGUAGAUAAGUUGUUCAGGAAUGUGCCUCUAGAGGUUCAAGGAGUAGUUUUUCCAGCGGAUUUGAUGGAGCUACCGUUUGGUGAAUUCGACCUUAUCUUAGGGAUGGAUUGGCUGGGUAAAUACCAUGCAAGUUUAGAUUGUGCUGCUAAGUGUAUGGUGUUGAAGACAACUAAAGAUGAGGAGGUGGUUGUGAUUGGGGAGCGAAGGGACUAUCUAACAAAUGCAACCUCUGCACUAAAGGCUGAGAAAUAUGUCCGGAAGGGUGGUGAGGCGUUUCUCCCCUAUAUUGGUGUAUCUGAUUCGGAGGGUUCUUCAGUCGAAGAUGAUAUCCUGGUGUAUUCAAGAACUGAGGAAGAACAUGAUGCGCAUAUCUGUGUUGUUCUGCAGGUUUUGAGGGAGAAGCAGUUAUACAUUAAGUUUAGCAAAUGUGAGUUCUGGCUACGCGAGGUGACAUUUCUGGGUCACAUGGUUUCUGCCGAGGGGGUUAGGGUUGAUCCUCGAAAAAUCGUUGCUAUUCUGGAUUGGAAACCACUUAAGACCAAAGAGUUGAACCUUAGGCAGCGAACGUGGAUAGAGCUGCUUAAGGAUUAUCAAUCCUCAAUUGAAUACCACCCUGGUAAGGCUAAUGUGGUAACGGAUCCACUAAGCCGUAAGGCUGUAGCUAAUUUGAGAGUGAUGUUUGCUCGUCUCAGCUUACUUGAUGAUAGUAGCUUGUUGGCUGAGCUGCAACCAGGAUUUAAGUGGGAAGUUACAGAUUUUGUAAGUAAGUGCCUGGCAUGCCAGCAAGUUAAGGCUGAGCAUCAACAGCCUUCAGGCUUAUUGCAGCCAGGAUCCUUGAUUCACAUCUCGAUUUUGGAAGAAGUUACACAAGGUAAUGGAUUCAAGGUUGGACUUCAGUACUGCGUUCCAUCUUCAGACAGACGAACAGUCAAAGAGGUGUCAGACAGACAAAAUUCGUAUGUAGACUUGAAACGUAAGGAGAUUGAGUACUCUGUAGGGGAUUAUGUCUUUCAUAAAGUCUCACCGUGGAAGAAGAUUCUGAGGUUUAGACGGAAAGGCAAGCUAAGCCCUAGGUUCAUUGGGCCUUGUCGUCCUGUCGCCUAUCAACUUGAGUUGGCUCCAGAGUUGGAUCAGAUUCAUGAUGUUUUCCACGUCUCCAUGCUAAGGCGUUAUCCCUCUGAUCCCUCACAUAUUGUUCCAGUCAAGGAAAUAGAGGUUAAGCCAAAUCUGACGUUCGAGGAGGAGCUAGUUGUGACAGCCCAAAAUUGA